CCCCUCCCGAGCUCUCAUCAAUGUCACCACUGAGGUGAUUACUGAUGCCAUCUUCACCAUACCUAUCCCGCAGUUUCUAAACACGCAGUUUGAGGCCGGUUCGAGCCUAUUUGUAAUCCAAUCCAAGUAUCUGGGCUCGAGUUAAGCCGAGUCCACCAAUCCACCUCCAAGUCAGCCAGGUAUAUAAGCAUCAAUGUAGAACAGCGACCGUAAAUGCGAAGCCGAACAAUAUCGUACAUCGUAUCUUGCAAACGUACCCUUUCAUUUAUCUCAUCUAGUCAACAACCUUUAUACCUCUGCACCGGUCAUAGUCUCAUACAUCCAUUUGAACAUGUCCAAGCUCAUCGCCAUCGUCGCCGGUGUCGGCCCAGGCACUGGAGCUGCCGUCGCACGGAGGUUUGCAACCGCGUAUCCAGUGGUUCUGCUCUCCAGGAACGCCUCCAGCUUCAACUUCCUCGUGGAUGAGAUCAAUGGCAACGGAGGCAAGGCGAUUGGGAUACCGACGGAUGUGUCAGACGCUGCAAGUGUCAAAAACGCUAUCGACUCCAUCCAUAAGGAGUUCGGCGCGGAUGUUGCCGCUGCUGCGGCUGUCUUCAACGCAGCCGGUGGAUUUAUUCGCAAACCAUUCUUGGAGUUGACUGAAGAGGAGUUCUCGAGGGGGAUCACAGUCUCUGGCAAGGGCUCCUUUGUGUUCUCCCAAGCGACGUUGCCAUUGCUACUGAAGGGCGUGGACGCCGGCUCAAAGUACCCACCAACCCUGAUCUUCACCGGGGCGACCGCCUCACUCAGGGGCUCCGCCCAGCUAUCCGCCUUCGCGACGGGAGAAUUCGCGAAACGCGCCCUGGCGCAAUCUCUCGGAAGAGAGUUUGGACCGAAGGGUGUGCAUGUCGCGAAUGCGAUCAUCGACGGGGUGAUCGAUAUUGAGAAAACCAAGGAGUGGUUGAAAGACGCUGGUCCGGAUGCAAAGAUCAAAGCCGACGCGAUUGCCGAGGCGUACUGGAGCCUUCACACGCAGCAUCGCUCGGCCCUGACGCAUGAGAUCGAUAUUCGUCCAUUCGUCGAGAAAUGGUAGAGAGUGGAUGGAAACGGCGCAUUCUAACAGGACUGUAGCUGGAAAUAAUGAACUUUGUAACGAAAGAAAUUCAAAUGGGUAUCUAUGUCAGAGCUUGGUGUCCUUCGUUAUAUCUAAAACAUGAAAGUC